ACUAGACAUAUAAAGAGAAUUGAUGGGGGUUGAGCGAUUGAAAGAUUAGAUUUUCCAUUUUUGUCCUCUUCAAGUGCCUUCGUGAACACUCUCCCCUGGAAAGACGCACAGUGUUCCUGUUUAUGCCGCUUGCCCUUCUGUGACGGCAGACGAUCCUGAAAGCUACUUGUUUUUAGUGUCAGUCGGAAAAUGGACCCAAGCCGCGUGCAUGAUAACAACCACCAGAAGGACUUUAUGGCCUUCUUGUUUCCGGAAUCUUCCUCUGACCAACAACGCGGUCAUGACUCUCAGCAGAACGAAGCUAUCAACGCAGCUGCUGUGCACGUUCAACGCCCAACCUCCGGGAUGCUCAACUUCACCGGACUCACCAACCCUCCUCCUUUCAAUCAACAAUUAGAUCUCAUGACCAUGAGCAACCUCAUGUCUAUGCAGGGCAUGGACACCACAUCACUUCCGGCGCUGCCCAGCUCCACGGGCCUCUCUCCUCAGGUCGUUUUUGAACAGCAGUACAAGCUUACUCAGCUGCACCAGCUCCAGCAACUUCAAAAUCAAAUUCAGAAUCAAAUUUUUCAGCAGCAGCUUGCCCUAAUCAGUGCGCAGUCGACCCUGAACGCCCAUGAUUCCAGCGUCGAGCCCGCCGCGCAGAUCACAACGUUUAGUGGCCUUCCGACUCCCAUGUCCUCCACGGAGCUCCGCCCCUUGCCUAACCCAGAGUUCCUCGGCCGUAUCAGCUCACAAUAUCCCAAUCCUCAAGAUAUGUACUCGUCCCAUGCGCUUGACCCUGUCUCCCUUCCUUCUCCCCAUGAUGCUUCCGUCUCUUCACAAUAUCUUCGCGAAACGCGCCAUCCAGGUUCUAGCUCUGCGCCUGCUAACAUAGUCUUUCAUCACACAAGCCCUCCUAUGCCGCUUCCCUCACCUCCAGACCUUGACAUCGACAUUUCUCCGCUGACGAGCCCCUGGCUCGAGGCAUAUCAUACGCAACGGCCCCCAAAUAAGCGCACGAUAUCACCAAGUGCGGAAGAUGCGGCGCGUGCGGUGCGAAAACGGGGACCAUCCACGACUUCACCGGCACCAACGGUGAAACAAUCCAUAAGACAUGCCAAGAGUGCGACGAAUACUCCACUCCUGCGCUCUACAAAAUCUCGCAGGAAUAGCACGAUUAUGGAGACGGAUUCGCCGUCACCUGUGGACUUGUCGAUGCCGCCCCCUGCGCCUCCGGGACCUCGCCAAUCUCCUCCCAAUUCUGCAGCACCAAGCACUCAUGAAGGGACAUCACCAAUCACUCCGGUUACUCCCGCAAGCAUAAUGAAUCUUGGCCGUCUGGGUAUUAGCAGUAGCCUCACUACCGCCGCAGCACCCACGUCUCAGAAAGCUGGCAGAGUAAAAGAACCCGCUAGGGCCAAGAUAGUGCCUGAUAGUGGUGCACCAACCAAAGGAUCAAAGAGAGGCUCACUGCCGUUCAUCAGUCCUGGACCUAAGCCGAUUUUACCAGCUGGCACGCCCUCGUCUCUAAAUGCAGGCUCUUCUACACUCUCACCUGGUGUUCCUAAUCGCAAGUCGCACAAGGACGCUGAACAAAAACGCCGUGAUUCUCUGAAAACUGCAUACGACGAUUUACGCGUUCUGCUCCCACCAGUUCCGCUACCUUCCGAUGAAAACUUCCCUGAUGAACCGAUCCUUCCGGGAGCUUUACCCCCAAGAGGACCACCGAAAGUUGGCGGGGAUGGUCCAAAUAAAGGUGUCAGCAAGCUGCAGCUGCUCAGAUGCGGAAACGAUUUCAUUCGAACGCUCAAGGGUCGGGUAGAGCGGCGAGAUAGCGAAAUCGAGAAUCUGAGGAGAGAGGUGCUGAGACUGCGUGCCAUUGCUGGAGAUGCAGCCGGAGGAGAGCACGUAGAUCUAGAAACGGAUCUCGAUGCCAUUGAAGCUUAUACGACUUUCCGCCAGUCAUCACUGGGUGCCGUUGCGGAGGGGGACGACGCUGACGAUGCGGAAGAGUGAAGGGCAGGCUGCUGGUCUAUGCCAACUAUUUCCCUUGAUUUCUUCUUACCAAAACUUGUACACAUAGUUAUUCUUGCCAAACAAAGGCUGACUCGAGCAAGACUCGAGUGGACGCAAAUCCACGCAGUCAAAGUACUUAUAAGUCAGGUAUGAGCCCAUCCUUUGGUGGGGGGAAUGUAGUCCUUUUGUAGUCAUGCUACGGGAAUCUGGAGCUUAUUUGUUUGA